AUCUUAAAACAGAACAACUCACUCAGAAAUCUGCGUGAAAAUGCUGCAAAACGUGACAAUAACUCUCCUCAUCAAUUUAAUCUUCAUGUUCUCCACUGGUACAUUUGUCUCUUCAUGUACCUACAAAGCUGUGGGUGGCAAAGUUGUGAUUUCAUUUGAUGAUGCAAAAUUACAAGAGGACAAUGAACUGAGAUGGACACAUAAUAAACAGAGAGUUUAUUUGAAAAAAGGCUCACAGAUUAAGCUCAACAAGCUCAACGUUAGUGAAGAUGGAUCCCUGAUACUGGAGAACGUACAGAAAGACAAAUCUGGAGAGUACAAGGGCAUCAUCUAUGAUGCAGAAGGAAAGUUAAGAAAGGAAACUGUACAACAGCUCUGUGUUCUGGAGCCAGUGCCUGAACCUACAGUCAUGGUUGAGUGUGUAGAAAAAGGAGUAAAUCUGACUUGUAGUCCAAUGAGCAAAACUGAGGUUGUGUCCUGGAUGAAAAAUGGCAUUAAGACUAAUGCAACUCAUGCCUUUUUACAUGUCAUUUCAUCUGAGCUCAAAUCUGGAGAUAAUUUCUCAUGCACAGUCAGCAACCCAAUAAGCAAGAACUCAGCAAAAAACGUUGAGCCAGUGUGCUCUGAUACAGGUCCAGUAUAUCAAAAUCAUUUGACAUACAUAUUGCAUGACAACACUGGUUUCGAUGAAACUAAUUUUUAA